AUGUCCUAUCCUCAGGGUUACCUCUACCAGCCCCCCGGCUCGCUGGCUCUGUACUCCUGCCCGGCGUACGGGGCCUCAGCGCUGGCGGCCCCUAGGAGCGAGGAGCUGACCAGGUCUUCGUCGGGAUCGGCGUUCAGCCCUUACCCGGGAUCGGCAGCUUUCACCGCCCAGGCGGCAGCCACAGGCUUCACCAGUCCGCUCCAGUACUCCACAGACCCUGCCACGGGAUUCCCCUCCUACAUGGGCUCUCCUUACGACGCCCAUACGACAGGGAUGACCGGAGCCAUCAGCUACCACCCGUACGGCAGCCCUGCCUACCCCUACCAGCUCAACGACCCCGCGUACAGGAAAAACGCCACCCGCGACGCCACAGCCACGCUGAAGGCCUGGCUGCAGGAGCAUCGCAAGAACCCCUACCCAACCAAGGGCGAGAAGAUCAUGCUGGCCAUCAUCACCAAGAUGACCCUUACCCAGGUCUCUACCUGGUUCGCUAACGCCCGGCGGCGGCUCAAGAAGGAGAACAAGAUGACCUGGGCUCCGCGGAACAAGAGUGAGGAUGAAGACGACGAUGAAGGCGACGGGACAAGAAGUAAAGAAGAAAGUCCUGAGAAGAUGCCCGAGAGCAACGAAACCUCCGCGGAGGACGAAGGGAUCAGUUUGCAAGUCGACUCGCUGACUGAUCACUCGUGCUCGGCCGAAUCGGACGGCGAGAAACUGCCCUGCCGAGCGGGCGACCCCCUCUGCGAGUCGGGCUCUGAAUGCAAGGACAAGUACGAGGACAUCGAAGAGGAGGAGGACGAGGAGGACGAGGAAGAGGAAGAGGACAUCGAGGAGGAUGACGGCGGCGGCCGGGAGCGCGACCCGCCGGCCAAGCCCGCCACCUCCUCGCCCCUGGCCGCCGUGGAGGCCCCGCUCCUCGGCCACCCGCACGCCGACGCCGCACGCAGCGCCAGCAAGGCGGCGCUGGGCGGCCGCACCUCCCCCGGGCCCCAGACGCCGGCCAGCAAACCCAAACUGUGGUCGCUGGCCGAAAUCGCCACCUCGGACCUCAAGAGCCAGACACUGGGCCAAGGCUGCCAGCCUGCGCCGCUCUCCUCGGCCACCUCCGCCUCUGCACCGCACAGCGCUGCCUAUUCCCCCUCCUCCCUCCUGGGGAGGCAUAUUUAUUACACCUCACCGUUUUAUAGCAAUUAUACAAACUAUGGGAACUUUAACGCUCUGCAGAGCCAGGGAAUCCUAAGAUACAACUCCGCAGCAGUGGCUUCAAACGAAGGACUAAGUCAGACUGUCCUAAAUGCCAGCUCUGUCCACAAGCAGAGCAGUGACUCUUUGAAAACAAUCACUAACCAGCUAGAACAACAUUACAGGCCCUCUAGUUAUGACUCUAAGAAAGAUCCCACUGAAGUCUGCACAGUAGGAGUACAACCAUACCUAUAG